UAUCUAUACCCAUAAGUCGUAUAUAUAAUAUAAUCUCAACAAUAUUUCAUUUACAGUAUACUUUUUUCUUGUCUCAAGACUCUCAAACACCAUAGAGUAUGAGCCAUGGAAACCCUUACAGAUUACAGCUUUUCAUCUAGAAUUUGCCCACCAAAACAUGGGAUCCGAUCCCUUUCAUCAAACUUCUUCAUCUUUGUUACGAUUUCUCUUUUACUAUCUCCAGCGGUUCCACCCGCCGCCGCUCAGUCAAAUCAGGCCAAUGACGGGUACUCGUACAAGAACUUCAGCCCGUCGAUGGCCGUCAUCAUCGUGGUGCUCGUGGGCGCUUUGUUUUUCGUCGGUUUUUUCGCCAUAUACUUCCGGAAUUGCAACGAUUCCGCGGCCGGGAACAGCAUCCGGGCCGCACUGUCGAUGCGGCGUGCGGCGGCGCGUGGGCUCGACGCAGCUGUGAUCGAGACCUUCCCGACCUUCAGCUACGCGGAGGUGAAGGGUCACAAGAUCGGUAAGGGGGCGCUGGAGUGCGCGGUGUGCCUGAACGAGUUCGAAGACGACGAGACGCUUCGUUUGAUCCCGAAAUGCGAUCACGUGUUUCACCCGGAGUGCAUCGAUGCUUGGCUCGCGUCGCACGUGACUUGCCCGGUUUGUCGAGCCAAUCUGACUCCUCAACCGGGCGAUGUCACGGUUCAAAUUCCCGUGAUCCUUCCUCAACCCGCAGCCGAACCCGCGCAAGAUGAUGUUUCUAUACAUAUAGACGCGGUAAGUGAUCAACAAUCACAACCACAACCACAACCACAAUCACAACAAGAAGGUCGGGAGGAGAAUACAAUAAAAAGCAAAUCGGUAAACCGGCCGAAUUUGACCUUCAAUGUGCCGAACCGGCUACCGAAAUCAUUUUCGAUCAAGCGGCCCAAAGUGUUUAGCAGGUUCAGAUCGCACUCGACCGGGCAUUCAUUGGUUUUGCCGGGAGAAAACUUGGACCGGUACACUCUAAGAUUGCCGGAGGAAGUUCGGAAAGAGGUACUGAACCGGGCCUAUCUGAACCGGGCGAAGAGUGUUUCCGUGCACCACUUUCCGAGAGAUGCCAGCUCUAGACGGGGUUUCCGAACCGGAGAGGGAAGCAGUCGGGCCGGCCGGUCUUAUCGUCGGAUGGACCGGGUCGAGGGGGAAUCGAAGUCGGACCGGUGGGGAUUUUCAAUCUUUGCGAGGUGGCCGUCGAUGAAGUCACCGAAGGUGGUUUCCGACAAUCACAACGGCGGAGACGAAUCGUCGUCGGCGUCCGGGAAAAAGACGGUGAGGAUGUUGUCGUUCAGGAAUCUCGGGGAGCCGAAGAAGGGAGACGAAAUCGGUUUGGUAUCUUCCGACUCGGCGAUACCGCCGGUCUAGAUUCCGGUUCGGAGGCGAUGACGUGUAAAGGUCUGGAUCCAUAUUUCAAUUCGGACGGUGGCUGCGGGAUGGAAGUGGGGUCCACAUAUCACGGUGGGUCCCACUCUGGAAAUAUCUUACACGCAGGUGGCGUAAAAGUUCCGCGCAGCGAAGGUUUGACCACUUUUUUGAGUUUUUUCCCAACCCCAACAUAGCGUUUAGACCUGUUUUUUGUUCUGUUUAUUCUGUAACAUCAUUUUGUAUACAUUUGUUCUUGAGGUGAAUGAGAUAUUAUAAGAAAUGUUUUGUGUAAAGUUUUUUUUUUUUGCAAAAUGUUCUGUGUUAUGUUUUUAACUCUAAGAGGAUUUGUAAGUUCUUUUAAACUUGUUUUGCAUUGACAUUAACAAGUACUGUUUGGGUCCCGUUUAAUAAUUCUCACGCAGUUUACGAUGUCCG